CUGCAGAAAGUAUGGCAGACCAAGAGGAGAUCCUGUCUGUUCCUGAGUUCAGCUGUCUCCUGCAAACAGAUCCCCAUCUCGGAAAGUACGAGCCGGACUUCAAGAGGAGGUACGACCUGUUAAAGAAGCAGCUUUUCCUGCUGGAGGAGGCGGAGGGAGGUUUUGACAAUUUCACACGAAGUUACCGGACCUUCGGUGUGCAGCGGCACUCCGACAACAGCCUGUUUUUUAAGGAGUGGGCUCCAGCUGCUGAGGCCCUCUUCCUUACGGGUGACUUCAAUGGCUGGGACAAAUUCUCCCACCCUUACACCAAAAAAGAAUUCGGCAAAUGGGAGCUGAUUAUUCCACCCAAGCAUGACAACUCUCCAGCCGUGGAUCAUAACACCAAACUCAAGGUGGUCGUUCACACCAAGGAGGGUGAGCGCCUUUACCGGAUCUCGCCGUGGGCGAAAUAUGUGACGAGGGAGGAGAAGUCGGUCAUCUAUGACUGGGUUCACUAUGAUCCCCCUCAGCCUUACGUUCACAUCCACCCUCGGCCCAAGAAACCCGCAAGCCUGAGGAUUUACGAGGCUCAUGUGGGCAUCGCUUCACCAGAGCCAAAGAUUGCCUCAUACACAAACUUUACAUAUAACGUGCUUCCACGAAUUAAAGACUUGGGUUACAACUGUAUUCAGCUGAUGGCUAUUAUGGAACAUGCCUACUAUGCCAGCUUUGGAUAUCAGAUCACAAGUUUCUUUGCUGCUUCCAGUCGCUAUGGUACCCCAGAUGAGCUGAAGCAGCUGAUUGAUGUGGCUCACUCGAUGGGCAUUGUGGUGCUGUUGGACGUGGUCCAUAGUCAUGCCUCCAAGAACACAGAGGACGGCCUUAAUCGCUUUGAUGGGUCUGACUCAUGCUUCUUCCACUCACCACCCAGAGGGGAGCAUCUUUUGUGGGACAGCCGCCUCUUCAACUAUUCCAGUUGGGAGGUGCUGCGUUUCCUGCUGUCAAACCUGUGCUGGUGGAUGGAGGAGUACCGUUUUGAUGGCUUCAGAUUUGAUGGCAUCACCUCUAUGCUAUACCAUCAUCACGGUAUCGGCACGGGCUUCUCUGGAGACUACAGUGAAUACUUUGGCCUACAAGUGGAUGAAGACUCUUUGGUGUACCUGAUGCUCGCCAAUCACAUUGUGCAUACUCUUUAUCCUGACUGCAUCACUGUUGCAGAGGAUGUGUCGGGGAUGCCUGCGCUCUGCAGGAGAGUGGAGGAGGGAGGACUUGGAUUUGAUUAUCGACUGGCCAUGGCAAUUCCUGACAAGUGGAUUCAGAUCCUGAAGGAGUUAAAGGAUGAGGAGUGGGACAUGGGCAAUAUUGUCUACACGUUGACCAACAGGCGGUAUGGAGAGAAAUGCAUAGCUUAUGCAGAAAGUCAUGAUCAGGCUCUGGUUGGCGAUAAGACCCUGGCCUUCUGGCUAAUGGACAAAGAAAUGUACACGAACAUGAGCACCAUGAUUCCCAUGUCGCCUAUCAUUGACCGCGGAAUGCAGCUGCAUAAGAUGAUCCGCCUCCUCACUCACAGUCUGGGCGGAGAGGGCUAUCUGAACUUCAUGGGAAACGAGUUUGGCCAUCCUGAGUGGCUGGAUUUCCCCAGAGAAGGUAACAAUCAGAGUUACCACUACGCCCGGCGGCAGUUUAACCUGGUGGAUACGGAUCACCUCCGCUACAGUCAGCUCUACGCUUUUGACCGGGACAUGAACCGCACGGAGGACAAGUACGGCUGGCUGGCAGCCCCACCUGCCUUCAUCAGUGCCAAGCAUGAAGGAGACAAGGUCAUCGUGUUUGACAGGGCAAAUGUGCUCUUUAUCUUCAAUUUCCACCCAAACAAGAGCUUCCAGAGCUACAGGGUUGGUGUAGAAGCAUCAGGAAAAUAUAAAAUCAAGCUGGAUACAGAUGAAGCUCUGUAUGGAGGCCACGGACGACUUGACCACAACACGGAGUUCUUCAGCGAGGCCCAGCCCUUCAACGGUCGCUCCAACUCCAUGCUGGUCUACAUCCCCUGCAGAACAGCUAUUGUCCUGGCCAACGAGGAGAUUGAUUACUGUUAUUAGAGGAUGAUUGUCUCCACAGAGACCAGGAUUGAGAAUGGAUUCCAAGCUCAAACUGAGUGUUAACAUUCACCUUCAUCUUAAAGUGUCAACCCUCCACACCAGCCAAACCUACUUUUUGUGUCUGAGCCUUUUCUCUAAACGGAAUAGGGGAGAAAAAACAUCUUCAAAUUGUGUGCUUUCAAAUACCAUCUGUAACCUUUAGACACUGUGUAACCCCAUUUACUUCAGAUGGGUCCAUUUGGGAAGCAUCCAACCCAACCAGCAGCUAGAUGCUAAAAAUCAAAAUCCCUGCCGAGUCCAUCCACCAACUCGCCAGCAGCCAUUUAUAGGCAUGGUUGCAUUUGGCUUGUCAUCUGAAAAAACAUGACCGGCAAUGAUGGCAGAGGAAAGCAAUACAGCCAACAUUCAUUUAUUCAAAUAUAACAAAAAGUCAAAGAAAAUAGAAAUAGUUUAAAAUUUUAGCUGUGUUAUAACAGAAGCCAUUUGGUUGGAUUGUUUUCUUCUUGAAUAAAACAGCAAAAGAAAAUGAAGUAUUAGGAGCACUUAAACAUCACACGUUCAGAUAAUGAGCCACCGCUGAUCUGUCUGUAUUUGCAUUAUAGGACAUGUAAAUAAAUAAACUGUCACAUGCA